AUGUCCUAUGAAGGUGUUCGAAAUGGCACUGUUGAUAACACGAAAGCCGCUCAACGCUUCCUGAAUGAAUUACAAACACGGCUUAAUGGUGUCGAAAAGGAUCUUGAAUGGCAUAGAAAUCGUGUUGAAAACUUGGAGAUUGCAACAAUAUUUGUUGCCUGGAUACCGAUUGCGGGCUGGAUUGCAGGGGGAGGAAUGUUAAUAGCUGUGGCGGACAAUAACAAGACCGAGCUUCUACCCGGUCUCUUACCCUUCGUACCCAACAUGCCUGUACUUCUCACCGAUAACAUUGCGUGUGAACUAGGGCUUUCGAAUGGUACACAAGGAAUUUUUCGAGAGCUCGUAUAUGAUGAUCAGCAGGAGCCAGGAGAUUUUAAGAUAAAGAGCGAUGUAUUUCCCUCCAAUACAAUAUACAUACGAAAACCAUUAUAUGCACUUGUGGAAAUUAAUACAUCACAAGUAGAAACAAAUCUUGAUGGUCUUCGCCCUAAACUAAUUCCUAUUCCAUUAAUCAAAAAGCGAUUCACUGUUCCUAUAAAGCAACUCUUCGGACAUUUACUCGAUCGAGUGCAAAGUGGGAGAAAAAUUCCACAAGUCAUUCAAGUUACAAGAACACAACUACCAAUUGUACCUGCCUUCGCUAUAACUACAUACAAAGCGCAAGGACUCACAAUGAACAAAAUCGUAGUCGAUCUCCAAGUUCCGCCUGGGACACUGCAAGUAGCAUCGAUAUAUGUACCACUCAGUAGAGUGAAGAAAGGGGAUGAUAUAGUUAUCCUUCGACCUUUCGACAUGAAGGUUCUACAAGUUCAACCUUCUUCUGCGCAAGAUGCUGAACUGAAACGUUUAGAUGAACUUGACAAAAAGACAAAACGAGAGUUUCCGGGCCGGAUUCUUCGACCUGGGCAAAUUAUAUUUUGUGGUGUUGCCGCGGCUCAAUCCGUAUGGGGUAUGUUUGUCAACAAAAAAGAAUUGAAAUCAUAUUCUCUCCUACACAUCAUCACAAAACUGCUCGCUCUCCUUGUGUUUGUGGUAUCAUACAUUAUGCUCAAAUGCAAUGUUGAUGAAGUAUCUCACAGACAAAUGAGUGAAGACUGUGAACGAUCAAGCCCAACUCAACAACAACACCCACCGUUGAUCGAAGAGAAGACAGUUUGA